UGACUAAAUCAAUGUUACCAACAAAAAAAAAAAAAAGUCAACACCGUGUUUUCUCUCUCGGAGAUAUUAUUUUCUCUUAAUUCGGACCAUAAAGGAGCCGGCGUCUCCAUCCUCUGGAUAUCUCGUCCACCAAAUGUCUCGGCAGGAAACUCUCCAUCUUCACCUCUUUCUCCUAGCCUUGCUGUCCCUCAGCCUCCUCUUCUCCCAAACCAGAUCAGCGAUUAUCGAAACUAAAUCAACUUCGGAUAUCUGUCCUUCAUACGUCUGCGGCGGCGUUCUCAUUAAAUACCCUUUCUGGUAUAACGGCAGUUCGACUCCAAAUCCACACUGUGGCUACCCGAGCUUCGGGCUGUCCUGCUCAGAUGACAACAAAACCACACUCAAGGUGUCCACAGAUACCUACAACGUCGCCGGCAUCAAUUAUGAAACAAAGACCCUCUCCCUGAUCGACGCCGACGUACUUACCGGUAAUGCAAUAUGUCCAAGGGCAAAGCAUAAUGUCACCCUCACCAGCGCACCUCAAUUACGCUCCAGUGACUCCACUAAAAACCUGACGUUUUUCUUUGAUUGCUCCACCCACUUUUUUCUUUAUCUCAGUUCUGACUACCCUUCAGUUCUAGUCUCAACUAAAUACACGAAUUUAUCCUGCCUUGCAUCCGGCGGGAACCAGACCUUGGUUUUCGAGACAGACAAGAUUCCGGAGGGGCUUGAUUGGCAUAGGGACUGCGAGGCAAAAGUGGUUACCACGGUCAUGGAGGAAGCGAUUACGAAUGUUUUCAGUAGGACGGAUGGGUUUGCGGGGGCCUUAAGGAACGGGUUUGAGUUAGAUUGGGGAGGCAUUGGAGAUUGCGUUGGGUGUGAGGAAUCUGGUGGCUAUUGUGCUUACUCUUCCAAUUCUACAACGGACUUCUUCUGCUUUUGUGAGGAUGGAAAGAGCGGGAAUCGUUGCUCCGGGAAAGCCGAACCGUGGGUGUUAUUUAUUGCUUUAGGUGUGUCAACUUGUGGAUUAAUUUUGGUGGUGCCAAUUUUAUCAUUCUUCUUGAGAAGGAAAUUCUUUUCAAGUAACUCAAUAGGAUAUUGGAAAACAAACGCUGAAAGCCUAGAAGAAUGCUUAAAGAAUUUUGGGUCAAUGGCACCAACAAGAUACAAGUAUUCGGAUAUCAAGAAAAUUACAAAUGUCUUCAAGGAUAAACUAGGACAAGGAGGCUAUGGUGGUGUCUACAAAGGAACGCUUAUUGAUGGCCGCUUAGUUGCCGUAAAGGUCUUAACUGAAUCCAAAGGUAAUGGGGAAGAAUUCACAAACGAGGUUGUAAGCAUUACCAGGACCUCCCAUGUUAACAUUGUGACUCUUCUGGGUUUUUGUAUUGAGGGCCCCAAAAGAGCACUUGUUUAUGAGUUCAUGCCCAAUGGAUCUCUUGAAAAAUUCAUUUAUGAUGAUGAUGAUGAUGAUGAUGAAGCACUAGUAGAAAAUCAUCCUCGCCUUGGAUUUGAGAGGUUAUACCAAAUAGCUCUAGGCAUUGCUCGUGGGCUGGAGUAUUUACACCGUGGCUGUAACACACGAAUUGUACAUUUUGAUAUAAAGCCUCAUAACAUUCUUUUGGAUGAGGAUUUUCGCCCAAAAAUUUCAGAUUUUGGGCUUGCGAAACUAUGUCCAAGACAAGAGAGUAUUCUCUCAAUGACGGGUGCAAGGGGGACUGUGGGGUACAUUGCACCAGAAGUAUUCUCUAGAAACUUUGGAGUAGUCUCGCACAAAUCAGAUGUGUAUAGUUACGGGAUGAUGGUUCUAGAAAUGGUUGGGAGAAGAAAGAAUGUCAGUGUAAAAGCAGAUCAUACAAGUGAGAUUUAUUUCCCACAUUGGAUCUACAAGCGUCUGGAAAUAGAAGAGGGUUUAGGGCUGCUUGGGAUUAAGAGUGAUGCUGAAGAAGAAAUUGCCAAGAAGAUGAUUUUAGUGGGAUUGUGGUGUAUACAGACAGAUCCUGCAAAGCGACCACCAAUGGAUAAGGUGCUAGAUAUGCUGGCUAGAAGCAUUGAAUCCCUCCAAAUUCCACCAAAGCCUUUUUUAUAUUCUCCUCCUAGAUCACCAACAGAUUCUCCCACUGUUAGAGAUGAAGAAGACUCCGCCACCACUUCCAUCUCAACGCCCAUAAUUGAAGAGAUGUCAGAAUCUCAAGAGAUAGACUUGCUUAAUUCUGUCAAGACAUCAAGGUCUCACUCAAGAUCUCAACAUGGUUUCAGCUUAGCUAUUUAGAUGAUUUAGGCCUAUCUAUAUCGUCAUGAAUGCAAUUAAUUAAUCCAACUGCAUUCAGUUUUGUUAAAGGGCGCCAUUUGUAAAUUUUAUGAUAAAGAUGGAAAAACCCUUUUCUUAUAUUUGUCCUAAAUCUUAUGUUAGUAUGAUUCACAACCUAAAUAUUGAAAAAGAAACAGAGAUAAAUUGUA